UUCCGCCCGACCCUUCAGAUUAUAUUGCGCAUCGUUCUGGCAACACACUCAGUAAUCCGUUUAUUUCUGUACAAAUUCGGAUAAAUCAGCUUCUAAGCCUUCAAAAUGCUGGGUGUCAUCCGCAAACAGCUUUCGAGCCACCCUGCCCUGAUCCCCCUUUUCUUCUUCAUUGGUGGAGGAGCAGCCAUGUCCAUGAUGUACCUCGCACGCCUGGGCCUGAGAAACCCUGAUGUCUGCUGGGAUCGCAAGAACAACCCAGAGCCCUGGAACAAAAUGGCCCCAACUGAUCAGUACAAGUUCUACGCAGUUAAUAUUGACUACAGCAAGCUGAAGAAAGAGGGCCCAGACUUCUAAACAUCACAUCUGCUGGACCAAACGUACAAAGAUGAGCUGAUCCGCACAGCCCCAUGUUGAACUUCCUACAGGAACCUGAUGGAUGCAGAGGCUAAAUCCGCACAAAGAUCCAUAUUUAAGUUACAUUGCAUCUCAUCAGUUUGGUGAAACGGUGUCUAUUCUUUUUAAUUGUCAGAGGUUGUCAAUAAAUGAAAGGAGUCUUUUCUCCUCCAUACAGAGAAAAGAACCUGUCGAUGUUUUGUGA